AUUUUCAGAAUAAUCUUUGUCCAGAUCAUCAACUGUUUAAUUAGAAACUACACCGCGCGUAGACAUUGAUUCAAAGCUUCAAAAAUACAUAUCUUAGUUUGAAUCUUAAUAAUUAUUCUUCUUCGUCCCCUCUUUCCUUAAAUCCUGCGUAUAAAUCCGUGAACGCAAUACAUUUCACUAUUGGUUCUCUCAACUCUACCAAAAACAUCUAUUGCCAAAAGAAAGUGUCUAUUUGUCUACAUUGUUACCGCUGAAUAUUGAUUAUAAAUAUUUUAAUAAGCAAAGGGCUUACACUUUAUAUAAAAGAAAAGUAUACAGGUUGUCAAGUUAAAUCGAUAAAUUUUAUAAAGGAAAUUGAUUAGAUAUUUUUGUUGGUCCGGAUUUCGUUUCGCAGAUCUACAGGAAAUCCCCGCCGUCAAUGCAAAGCGAAGGUGACACUUGGGGAUGGUCCAAUGGUCCCGUACUAUGAUACUUCUCUCUUCACGAGACGUCGAUAAUCAACUUUUCUUUCUUUUUGAAAAAAUAUGAGAAAACGUGGACCCAUUAUUAUUACAGUUAAGCCAAUGAGAAGUUGACAACAUAUCUUCACAAAACCACUCUGGUUUUUGUAUACAAGGAAAACCAGUUUUUGCUUUUCCCUAAAACCGCUCUUACCCAAAUCUCUCCAUAAAUAUAGAGUGAAAGAAAGAUCCCGAGACUCACACACAAGUCUUAUUAUAAAGCAAAAAAAGAAAAACUUUCCUUAUUGGAUCAUACCAAACACUAGGAUCUUCUUUAUCUCUCUUCUUGUAGUUUCUUGUUUUGUUUGGUUCUUUUAGAGGAUAUAGUUUCUUAAAAAGGAUCAAGAUGGGAAGGGGUAGGGUUCAAUUGAAGAGGAUAGAGAAUAAGAUCAAUAGACAAGUGACAUUCUCGAAAAGAAGAGCUGGUCUUCUGAAGAAAGCUCACGAGAUCUCUGUUCUAUGUGAUGCUGAAGUUGCCCUUGUUGUCUUCUCCCAUAAGGGGAAACUCUUUGAAUACUCCACUGAUUCUUGUAUGGAGAAGAUACUUGAACGCUAUGAGAGAUACUCUUACGCAGAGAGACAGCUUAUUGCACCUGAGUCCGACGUCAAUACGAACUGGUCGAUGGAGUAUAACAGGCUUAAGGCUAAGAUUGACCUUUUGGAGAGAAACCAGAGACACUAUCUUGGGGAAGACUUGCAAGCGAUGAGCUCUAAGGAGCUCCAGAAUCUGGAGCAGCAGCUUGACACAGCUCUUAAGCACAUCCGCUCUAGAAAGAACCAACUUAUGUACGACUCCAUCAAUGAGCUCCAAAGAAAGGAGAAGGCCAUACAUGAGCAAAACAGCAUGCUUUCCAAAGAGAUCAAGGAAAGGGAAAAGAUUCUUCGGGCACAACAAGAGCAAUGGGACCAGCAAAACCAUGGCCACAAUGUGCCUCCUCCUCCUCCCCCGCAGCAGCAUCAAAUCCAGCAUCCAUACAUGCUCUCUCAUCAGCCAUCUCCUUUUCUCAAUAUGGGUGGCCUGUAUCAAGAAGAAGAUUCAAUGGCAAUGAGGAGGAACGACCUUGAUCUGUCUCUUGAACCCGUUUACAACUGUAACCUUGGCUGCUUUGCCUCAUGAAACAAUUCCAUAUAUAUAGAUUUCUAUAAUCAACAAUGAUGAUACAAUUAAAUUUCUGUGUUCAUUAUGUGGCAAAACGUGCAAUAUAUUUUUAAGUUCGGAGAGAACGAAUGACGAAACUGGUUCAGAUGACCCCUUUUCAAACUUAUUAUCAUUAAUUUGCUUCUCGA